AUGGCGCACGAAAACCUCACAAUCCGUAACCUCUCCUCGACAGAAAUAUCUGUAACCCGUGUGUCGCGCUUCCCGGAUCCAGGGCCCCAGCCGGUGACGAUAAAGAACAUAACCAACAUCAAAAACCUAGCCCACAACUUCACAUCUUUUGUCGCAAAGGCCAUACCACCGCCGGGCGAACCGUCUUCCCAGACAAUCGCGGAGAACGCGCAAGCCUUCUCUGAGGAGGAUGCAUCAAUACGCCUACCGGCGUUUGCAAUCGUGCAGACAGAUAUCAAGAUCAACAAAGACCAAGUCGUGCGAUUGGCCUUCACGGUCGGCGAGGCUAGAUUCCGCGUGGACCUAAGUUCGCACACGCCGGCUGUACACUGUCUGAGUCCUGGAACGGAGCAUAAGUUCAAUGCGGUGUUUCACCGGAACCACAGCCAUCUCGCGCUCCUAUCCAGCGCCGCGCUGGGCGGGUGGAUGGAGCGUUUGAAGGACGAGACCCCGCUGAGCCUGAUCUCCAUCCCGGGCACGCACAAUACCCCAACGUGCUACCCCGCGCUCCCAACCGUUCGCUGCCAGGCCGUUGGCCCGAAGCAGCAAUUGGAAAAUGGAAUCCGCUUCUUCGACAUUAGGUGUCAUGUCGACCGCGCAAACGCCCUAACCCUCGUGCACGGGGCCUUCCCAAUCUCUCUGGUAGGAUGCAAAGGCCUGAGCGAGGUUCUCAAAGAUGCGUACUCAUUCUUGGAUGGCAAUCCGCACGAGUGCAUCAUCGUCUCACUAAAGAGGGAAGGCCGCGGCGACGCCGACGACGCCAAGUUUGCGAAGGUAUUGAAGGAGGGGUACAUCGACAAGGAAGCUUCAAGGUGGUACUUGGAGGACAGCAUACCGACCCUCGGCCAAGUCCGUGGUAAAGUGAUCCUCUUCCGCAGAUUCACGCUACCAAGCGAUAUACACCAGUUCGGCAUCAACGCCGAACACUGGGACUAUAACACCCCGGACUCGAGUACGUCCUCUCGUAUAUGUCGCGUUCAGGACUUUUGCGAGGUUGAACCCGCCACAAUAAGUAAGAAGAUCACUUACGUUAAAGAGCACUUGGAGCGUUCGGCGAAGCCCUUGGAGCCAGGUACCACCAGGCAGUUGUUUGUAAACUUUUUGUCGGCGAGUAAUUUUUGGAAAGUGAGGUGUUGGCCUGAUAAGAUUGCCGAUAAGGUGAAUGUCGAAACACUAAGGCAUUUGGCUAUCGAUCAUGUUGCCGGGAGGGAGCAGGGUGACGGCAGCACUGGUCUUGUGAUUUGUGACUUUGUUGGUGAGGAUGGGGAUUGGGAGUUGGUUAGGUUGAUUGUCGCUAUGAAUGGGUGGAUUAAGAAGACAGGGUGA